CUUGGAUCCGAGUAAUUAGCUAGAGUCCGAGUAUAUCAUGCGGCAGGAGCAUGACAUCUUCAAUGCCGCAACGCCGCCCGUUUUCCCAGCAUCCACCGGCCUUGUUCUUGCCUCUCCGCUUACCCUUCUCUAUAUGUUCAUGGAUCCGGAACAGUGGUCAAGUGUGUUCUCCAAUAUUGUUUCAACAGCAACCACUCUCGAAGUUCUGUUCCCCUGGGAGAAGGAAAAACCUAAUAAUGGAGCUCUCCAAGUGAUGACUGCGGAGUUUUAUCUUCCUUCACCACUGUUUAGGGGUGGAGAGGUCAAAUUUGCAAGAAUGUGCAGAGAAACAGGCUAUAAGACUUGGGUGGUAGUUGAUGUUUCCCUGGAAACUGUGUUUCCCGGCGCCGGCGCCGCAAUAUCAUCUCACCCUACAAGAAGAAGACCCUCUGGCUGUUUAAUCCAAGAACUUCGAAUUCACCCCGGAGUGUCUAUGGUGACUUGGGUAGACAACAGUGCGGUACAUGAUCAUGGUACUUUUGUUCAAAACAUGUUCGGAAGCUUACUCACUUCCAAUUUUCCGUUUAGCGCAAACCGAUGGAUAUCUGCAUUGGAGAGGUAUUAUGACAAGAUCGUGGCUUUGGAGGGGCAAGGAGAUAAUAAUAAUUAUAAUGGCUACCAUUUUCAAGCUUUAGUCUUUUCCACCUUCGCCUAAUGGGCUAGGCAUCGGAAAUAAAAACAUGUUGAAGCUAGCACAGAGGAUGAUGAUUGAUGAAGCACUAUGCUCGAAAUGUGAUGAACAACAAAGAUGAUCCAUGGAUGGUGUUACCCGCCACUUCAGGUGAUAUCUUAAAAACUUAUAAGCACCAAUGAUGGUUAGGGUAUUUUAGGAAUUAUAAAAAUGUUGGUGUAACUCUAAAGCAAGAUGUACUUGUACAAUUUGUUUUAAUCAUUGUACCCUUAAUCAUUAUCCAUAUUUAUGCUCCUUAACUCCGUUAGAAUCAAACUAUUGAGUUUCCAUGCAAUUAACAUUCUA